AGCUCCAAACCUAGACUUUGCCGCUUAUAUAAACACUGUAUUUUCCCAGAUCUGCUCUCAUCCCUUUCUCUGAAACCCUUCUCCAUCUUUUCGAAUUCCGUUUCAUUCUCUGAAAUUAUCGAUGGCGUCUGCAGAUGUUGAGUACAGAUGCUUUGUUGGUGGUCUAGCCUGGGCCACCACAGACCAAUCCCUUGAGCAAGCCUUUUCUCAGUUCGGCGAAGUCAUCGAAUCGAAGGUCCGUUAGUCGCAGAGAUCGGAUCCGUCUCGAUUCGGCUUUGUUGACUACUGUUACUAUGUUACUGUUACUGAGUUACUGUGUUACUGUUACUGAGUUACUGUUUGUGUUACUGUUAUUUUCCCCUGAAAUGAUUAUUAAUGACCGCGAGACUGGAAGAUCGAGGGGGUUUGGAUUCGUAACCUUCAAGGACGAGCAAUCGAUGAGGGACGCAAUUGAAGGAAUGAAUGGUCAGGAUCUUGAUGGAAGGAGUAUUACUGUCAACGAGGCUCAAUCUCGCGGCAGUGGCGGCGGCGGCGGCGGAGGAGGCGGUGGAUUCCGCGGUGGUCGUCGUGAGGGUGGCGGCGGAUACGGUGGAGGCCGUCGCGAUAGUGGCUACGGAGGUGGCAACGGAGGUGGAUAUGGUGGUGGAUACGGUGGAAGCCGUGACCGUGGGUACGGCGGCGGCGGCGGCCGGGGAUAUGGUGGUGACCGUGGGUAUAACAGAGGUGGUGAUUCCGAUGGCAGCUGGAGGAAUUAAAUUUAGGGUUUCGUGAUGGUUUAGUCAUUUGCUUGUUUUGUUCGUGAUUUUGAUCGUAUGUUGGGUUCUAUGUUUGGUGUUACUAUCGUUUUUGACCGCUGGUUCUCGUUUGUUACUUUCACUAUGCAUGAAUCUGUAUUUACAGAAUUAUGAGUGGAGUAAAUUGUGAUUUUUACAAUAUUUAUUAAUUUGGAUCUCUGUUUAUGAGUUCUCCUUUUUUA